AUUACAAUUUCCUGUUAGAUUACAAAGUCUACAGAGGAGUUUCUGAAUACUCAAUCGUCAUUGCGUGACCAUUGCGUUAUUUUGUGUCGUAACCAUGAUUAGGCGUGCGUGACGAAGACCAGUCGAUGUUCAUGAAAAUUCAAUAGAACAUUUGAUCGAAGAGUUCUCGUAACGUAGAAACGCGCCGUAGGAUUACUCCGAGAGAGCGCAGAAAAUCGUAGCAACCGAACUAGCCAUAGAUCUUUUAUUCUUACAAUACAAAGAAGUGAAUCAAUAGACAGUUGAUGGCAUCAACAGGAAAAAAUUUUGCCUCCGCGCAGAGUGUACCGAAGAGAAUGGAUUUCGAUAGCGCUUUACAGCACGUCGGAGAAUUUGGCCGCCACCAGAAACGAAUUUACUUUUUGGUGAGCUUCAUCUCGCUUCCUCUUUGUGCUCAGAUGCUAAUUGUAGUUUUUGUUGGUGCGAUUCCGGAAUGGAAAUGUCCAUCUCCUGACGGCGACAUUCUUCACUGCAAUUCAACUAGUGCGCGUUGUUGUGGAGAAGAUGGCGCAAUUUGCCGAGGCGCAAAGUUUCCUUCAGAUUUUACGUCCAUUGCAACAGAAUGGAACUUAGCCUGCUCUCAACGCUAUAAAUGUGAGCUAAGUCAGUCGAUCUUUGUGGCAGGAUACAUGUUUGGGGUUCUUAUUUUUGGUAUUUUGUCCGACAAGUAUGGUCGACGGAAGCCAUGGUUGUUUGCGUACAUAGUUGGAGGUGUUUUAGCCCUCAUAUCUGCCACUGUCCGCUCUUACGAGGAGUACAUCGUGUUACGAUUCGCGAUGGGGCUAUUGAACGGCGGGGGAGGCCUCAUAACUUAUGUGUUGUCCACAGAAUCAAUCGGCCCCUCGUAUCGCGGAACUGCAGGUACAUGGCAGCAGGCCUUCUCUGCUGUUGGUUAUGUCUUUCUGGCAAUAGAAGCUUACUUCAUCCGCAAUUGGCGUACUUUGACAGUUAUUUCAAUUUUUCCCUCGUUUGUGGUGUUACUGGUUUUCAAAUCAAUUCCUGAAUCUCCAAGAUGGCUUGCCUCACAAGGAAAAAUAAAAGAGGCAGAACAAAUUCUAAGGAAAAUUGAGAAAGAAAAUGGCUUCCAGAAGAACGAAGUGGUAUUUCUGAAAACAGAUGCCAAGGGAAACACGGAAUCUUCUCAGUAUGGAAUGAUAAACUUAUUUACUCACAAGUCUGUAUGUGUUGUGACAGUUAUCAUGAUGCUGAUAUGGUGUGUGAACAGUAUGGUGUAUUAUGGACUGGCAUUGAAUGUGAAAAACCUUGGGGGAAAUCUGUACAUCAACUUCUCUCUGGCUAGCUUGAUUGAGCUGCCUUCCUGUUUUGUCACUCAAUUUUUACUGGCUAAACUUGGUCGCAGAAAAGGCUUAUUUUGUCUUCUACUAGGUGCAAGUGUCGCAUGCUUCUUGUGUAUGUUCCUACAACUACAAGGUGGGCAGAAUGUGGCGGCAAUCUCUAUCACAGCAUUAAUUGGCCGGUUCUUUAUCUCUGCAUCAUUUGCCGUUCUGUACGUUUACUCUGCUGAACUUUUCCCUACAGUUGUGCGUAAUGUAGGUAUGGGGAUUUCAAGUCUUUCAGCGCGAUUGGGUGGAAUGGUAGCACCCUUUAUAGUCCUACUAGGGGAUGAAAGUGCACCUUUCCCAAUGUUUGUUUUUGCUUGUACAGCAUUGUUUGCUGCAGUGACUGGCUUGAGACUGCAUGAGACACAGGGAAGACCAAUGCCAGAGACAUUUGAAGAGCUUGAUGAAAACUAUGUAAGGAAACAAAAGACAAAUGGUGACCAUAAGGGGGCUGAUAGCUUACUUUAAUAGGACCUGCAAGGAACACAUUUAAAUCAAUCAAAUCAAUUAUUGUAUUUCUCCAGAUGUGAAGCUCGACUUGCAUCAGCAAAAUCUAACAUUGUCUGUUCUAUCUUAAAAGUGCUCACUUUUGUUCAGUGUUAGAGAAAAGAUAGACUAAGCCGACAGAGAGAAAUUUAGUAAAUUUGAAAGGGAACCUCAGUGAGUCCCAUUCCCAUUCACAAUGCCCCUUAACAAUUAAAAGAAAUACAAAUAUGACAAAAUGUGAAAUCAGAUUGCUGUCUCAAAGUAUUAAAAGUGUUGGUUUUGGGUUC